AUGCGCUCUGCCCGCCGUUCAGAAGACAUUCGUCGGCCGCGGGCUGUGGCUUUCUUCGCCGUGUUCGACGGUCACGGUGGUCCGGACGCGGCGCGCUUCGCCCGCAAACAUUUGUGGGAUCACAUAAAAAAACAAAGGGGCUUUUGGUCUCAUGACGAUGACGAGGUGUGUGCGGCUUUGCGAAAAGGAUUCAUAUCUUGUCAUCAUGCCAUGUGGAAGAAAUUACCGGAAUGGCCAAAGACCGCUACAGGACUUCCCAGCACAUCAGGCACUACCGCUAGUAUUGUUGUGAUACGACGUGACCGCAUGUAUGUGGCUCACGUAGGGGACUCUGCUGUGGUGUUGGGUGUGCAGGAUCACCCCUCUGACGAGUUCAUCCGAGCAGUAGAAAUGACACAAGACCACAAACCCGACCUCCCGAAGGAAAAAGAGAGAAUAGAGAGCCUGGGUGGCAGUGUAAUUAAAAAGUCUGGAGUUAAUAGGGUGGUAUGGAAGCGACCCAGACUCACUCACAAUGGACCAGUAAGAAGAAGCACUGUCAUCGAUCAGAUUCCUUUUCUUGCUGUGGCCCGAGCUCUUGGUGAUUUGUGGAGUUACGACUUCUACAGCGGAGAAUUUGUUGUUUCACCAGAACCUGAUACUGCUGUCAUAAAGCUAGAUUUGAAGCGACACCGUUAUGUCAUCUUAGGCAGUGAUGGUUUAUGGAACAUGGUAUCACCACAGGAGGCUGUGUCUAUCUGUCAUGAGAAUGACAAGGCUAAUGAAAAGGACCAAAGAGGAAAUGUUUCCAGUGCCGUUUUGUUGGUGAACCAUGCCUUGCUGAGAUGGCGUCAACGCAUGCUCCGUGCUGAUAACACCAGUGCCAUAGUUAUCUGUUUGGAGCCAUUCGGGGCAUCCUCUGAGACCUUGCCACCAUAUGAGGUUGUGUACAAUCUACAGGGAUCAAAGUUUGGCUCUGUUCCUCAAUCUUGCCCCAGCUCUUUGCACACUCAGGUUUCACUGCAUGAUGCACCUUCAUCUGCAAGUGAAGAACAACCGGAGAAGGAGAAAAACAAAAGCUGUGAAUCAAGCAAUUGUGGAAUUCUUGAAUCAUCUGCUGACAGCCUUAAAGACUUUGAAGACCUGCCUUGCACUGACCUCAGUAAUAACUUUUCGGAUAAUGAGACCAACUGUGACCAAGUGCCUAUAGGCAAACGGGUGCUAGAGGAUUCCUCCUCACCUGCUCUAAAAAAACCCCGCUGUAGUUCCCCACAAUCCCCUCAUGAAGAGUCCCCACAAAAACAGCCCUCAUUCAGGAGUAGUGACAAGGACCAGAAACAGUCUGAAAAUGUCCAAGCUCUGCUUCAGCAGCACGGGAAGACUACUGUGUGUGUUUGCUGA